AUGGAAUGGAAGCUUGGUAUCUGGAACUGCAGACCACUAAAUUUCGUGGGUGGCGAUCGAAUACUGCUCGAGUUAGAACCCCACAAGUUCGGUAUAGUGGCUUUGCAGGGAAUCUGUCGCAAGGGUGAGAAGGUGUGGAAGGUCCGCGACGGUAAGGCCCAGUUUUACCAGAGCGGUGGGGCUAUCAACGAGUUGGGAACGGGCUUUGCGAUCAACGAAAGGAUGUGUGUACUGAGGAUAAAAGGCCGGUUCUACAACUACAGCAUCAUCAACGUGCACUGCCCGCACGAAGGCAGACCCGACGACGAGAAGGAAGCGUUCUAUGCGCAGCUGGAAGCGAUAUACGACAGCUGUUCACCACGGGACAUCAAGAUCGUCAUCGGGGAUAUGAACGCCCAGGUUGGAAGGGAAGCAAUGUACAGACCGGUGAUAGGCCCAUGCAGACUACACACCGACACGAACGACAACGGCCAGCGGUGCUUCAACUUCGCAGCUUCCCGAGGCCUGGUGAUCAGAAGCACUUUCUUCCCCCGCAAGGAUAUUCAUAAGGUCACUUGGAGAUCACCUGACCAACAUACAACAAACCAAAUUGACCACGUCCUCAUCGAAGGUCGAUUUUUCUCUAACAUCACUAACAUACGCUCCCUGCGCGGUGCGGAUAUUGACUCGGAUCACUACCUAGUAGGAGUACAUGUGCGCUCAAAACUAUCGAGAGCUUACAACUCACGGCAAAACCGCCCUCCUCGGUUUAACAUUCGGCAGUUAAAAGCCCCGCAAGCUGCCGAGAAUUAUGCGCGCCUGUUGGAUGAGGCACUACCCUCCUCUGGGGAGCUAAAUGCUUCGAAUCUCGAAGACGGCUGGAGUAAGGUUAGCUCUACCAUCGAAGAGACCGCAACCGUGGUACUAGGUGAGGAAACUACGAGCCCAAGAAACGACUGGUUCGACGGGGAGUGCCAGCAAGCGAUGGAGAGAAGCAAAACAGCUCGGAAAAACUAUCUAAGCAUUGCCACGAGAGAGAAUUUGGCCAGAUAUCGACGAGCGCGGAAUAAGUUGACCACGAUACUGAGGCGAAAAAAGCGCCAGCAGGAGGACAGGGAUCGUGACGAAUUAGAACAACUAUUUCAGGCCAAUGAUACGCGCAAGUUCUAUGAGAAGGUGAACCAAUCUCGUAAGAGCUACACACCGAAUCCAGACAUGUGUAGGGACGAGGAAGGAAACCUGAUUACAAGCGAGCGCGAGGUGGUCGACAGGUGGCAAAAGUUCUUCGAUAAGCACCUCAAUGGCGAGAUAGCAGAUGGAGGCGUAAUGGAAACCUACCUGGGAGCAGAGCUGCAAUCCAUCACCAAACCUGAGUGUACUUGGCUUUUAGUGUGA